CCGAGUACACAAACCACACAACACAGCUUCGAAACCGCGUGUGGAAUUUUUGCAGAGAUUUCGUGUUUGUUGCGUACAAAAACUGACUGAAAAGGAGGAAAAACACAUGCAUAAGGAACUACCGAAAUGUCGGGAAAUUUGGAUUUCUUCGAAGGGUCUGAAAAACUUUUGGAAAUUUGGUGGGAUUCGUCAUCCCAGCUGACAGGACCCACCACUAUGAAAGACGCCGACUUAAGAUGCAUAACCAGGGACAAAAUUGAAAAGAUUUUGGAUUUGGCAGGGUGUAAAAUCCUCAGUGAAAUAAAGAACGAAUACACCACAGCUUAUAUUUUGAGUGAAAGCAGUCUCUUUAUAUCAUCCAACCGACUGAUUCUCAAGACUUGUGGCACAACGCCAUUGCUUCGAGCAACGAUACACCUCAUGAAGGUUGUUGAAGAGGAAUGUGGAAUGGCAGAAGUAAAGAAUGUGUUUUAUUCAAGAAAAAGCUUUGCACAGCCACAUUUACAACAAUCACCGCACCAAAAUUUCCAACAAGAGGUUGAUGUGUUGGAUGAGUAUUUUCCAGGUGGUGGUGCAUACACCCUGGGCCAACAAAACAGCGGCAAUUGCUGGCAUCUCUUCACUAUUGAUAACUAUACUGAUGGAUUACAAAUCCCUGAUCAGACUUUGGAAAUAUUAAUGAAUGACCUUAAUCCCAGUAUUUUGAAACAUUAUUACAAAGGUUAUUAUAAAGAUGCAGCGGAACUCACUAAAAGUGUUGGCAUAAGUGACCUAAUCCCAGGCACUACAAUUGAUGAUGUCAUUUUUGAACCAUGUGGAUAUUCUGCCAAUGGUAUUUUAAAGGAUUCCUACUUCACCAUUCAUGUAACACCUCAGAUGGAAUUCUCAUAUGCAAGCUUUGAGACAAACGUCAAGUUUCGUUCGCUGAAGGACUUGAUAGAAAAGGUCUUGAAUAUUUUCAAACCCGGAAGGUUUAUUAUGACAUUGUUUGGAAAUACUAUUGCUCCGUGUGGCAACUCUUUGCGGACUUUUGAGAAAAGUUUUCCGCCAUAUAAGAGAAAGGAUCUUCAUUUUGCACGCUUUAAGAACUACAACCUCACCUAUGGCCAUUACGAGCAUUGCUAAACAUCAUUUCAGGAGCAACGAAGAGUUGAUAUUUGCUUCACAACUAAAAGGUAGCUAGGCGGUCUAUACUAUCGCAAACUAAUAUAUAUAUAUAUAUAUAUGUAUAUUUAUCAUAGGAUUACAGGUUU